AUGUCCACAGCACCGGGUCCCGAUGGUAUUAAAAAGGGAGACAUUAAACGCGUUCCUGGUGCAAACGAAGUCCUCCAGUUAUUUUUCAAUUUAAUCAUGAUAAGCGGUAAGAUUCCUACCGCCUGGAGGAAGAACCGAACUACUUUGAUCCCUAAAGAGGGUAAGGACGGUAUGUUAGCUGAAAACUACCGUCCAAUUACAAUCUCUUCUUUAAUGUCGAGAAUUUACUUUGGCAUUAUUGACAGCAAACUUAGGGCAAAAGCACGGUUCUCACCCAGACAAAAGGGCUUCAUGAACGAAUCUGGGUGCUUCAACAACAUCCACAUCCUCAAUGAGCUGCUGAGGCACUCAAAAGCCAAGAAUGGCCUGGUCGUAACGCAGCUGGACGUGUCCAAAGCAUUUGAUACUGUGCCGCACCAAGCUAUAGGACACGCGUUACGUCGCAAAGGUUUUCCCGAACAGGUGGUACGUAUCGUGGAAAAUGCAUAUGAGGAUGUACCACUAUUAUAG